AUGAGUGAUAAGACACGACAAGCACCUACUCCUUUACAGUCUAUCGCGGCUGGGGCUGCUGCAGGUGGAGUUGAGUCCUUGAUCACAUACCCGACAGAAUAUGCCAAAACCAGGAGACAGCUUCUCCAAUCGCCGCGGUCGACGUUCACCAUUGUGGUGGAAGCAUGUCGAACAUCAGGCAUCCGAGCAUUGUAUAGCGGCGCCGGCGCGUUCUGUGCCUCGAACGCGGCCAAGUCGGGGAUUCGCUUUCUGACUUUCGAUCUGGUCAAGGACCGCCUCCCGCGGGACCCAGAGACAGGGAAGCACACGGCCACGUCGAGCAUGCUGGCGGGAGUAGCUGCGGGGAUCGCGGAGAGCGUCACAGUCGUCACGCCGGGCGAAAAUCUCAAGACCAAGACAGUCGAGGACCGAGCAGGCGCCAGACAGUUCAAGACGACCGCUGCUGUUGUUCGAGGCAUUGUCGCCAAGGACGGCCUUAUGGGCUUGUUCCGCGGAGUGGUGCCAGUCACGAUGAAACAGGCCUCAAAUGCCCUGGUGAGAUUUUCUUCCUACCAGGCUCUGCUGGAUAUAGCCCAGCCUAAUUUGGAGCGUGGCGGCUGGGGAACGCUGGCGCCGGCCAUAGCUGGUGCUGGCGCCGGCGUGAUCACCGUCUAUGCCACUAUGCCGUUCGAUGUGGUCAAAACCAAAAUGCAGAGCAUCGAGGGCAGGCAGCAAUAUGGCGGUACGUGGCGGUGUAUUCUUGCCAUUGCUCAACAGUCCGGCCUCAGUGGGUUCUGGAGGGGAACCACGCCGCGGCUGGUACGGCUGAGUUGUGAUGGAGGUGUCCCGGCGUGUUCCAACUGCGCGAAGGCUGAUGAGCUUUGUGUUGAUGUCGACGGGCAGAACUCCGACAUUUUGAUCCCCAGAAACUUUGGACAUGCUGCCCGGGCGAGGAUACAGUGGCUGGAACAAAUCAUCAGAGAUCGGCUUCCUGACAUAGACUUGAAAGAUGGGCCACAAGUUGAUAUGCGGUCUGACCAGACAGUUGCCUCCCACAUCAACAACCAAACAGGCACACCUCCAGCUCGAUCGCCCGCCACCCCUUCCACGUUCCAGCAGUCCCGAGAAAGCGGCCUGCUGAAACGGACGGCCGAGGUGUCCAAUAUUUCUGACCAUGAAGAAGCGUUCCCUGAGAAGGCUCACUCCGUGGCUAUGGACCUUGGCAUGCUUUCUUUGAACGCCGACUCGUCACAGAGCCAUUACCUCGGUUCUAGCUCUGGUGUGCUCUUUGCCAAUCUCAUUGGAGCGUCACCAAGGACGAAUGAUUCUUCCUCAGCACACGAUACAGGAUCCCGGAGCUUCAUGCUCGAAGACGAUCCUCUUAUCGAGCCUGCUCGUAGGUCGUCUGCACUGCACUACCGCGCUCUGCAAUCGCUUUUACGACAGCCGGAUUCGCUUCUAGAAGGACUGGACGCACUUUACGAGUGCGCAUCGUCAUCUCUGUGUGAUGACGACCCUUUCAUUGACGGAUGGCCGCAAUCGAUCAAGGGGUUCCGAUGGAACGGGCGCCGAGUCGAUCCUCAGCACCCCGGUGCUACUAUUGUGCCCAUGCCACUCCUCGCCUUUGUCAUAUUCAUGGUCUUGAAUAUUGCUGCAAUCAUAAGGGUCCGGGCUCGCGUCCACACUCUUUCACCAGAGAGCUUCUAUGCAGCUGCCUUGCACUUCUCCAAGGAUUGCUUCUCCCAUAUCUCUUUAUCAACCAUACAAGCCCUCACGGUCCUGCUUAUACACUGCCUUCUUAUACCGGCCGAGGCUAAUGUCUGGACUCUCACGCACCUUGCUAUGGCUCACUGCGUCGAGCUCGGUGUACACAGAGAUCAGCCUCAAGGGGCGCACUACGACUGGGAUUAUCAGCAACUUAGGCGAUCUAUCUUCUACACCAUCUACUCACUCGACAGGUCUAUCUCCUCAAUACAAGGCCGCCCCUUGGGCCUCCGUGAUGAGACUUUCGAUGUGAAAGUGCCCGAGGCGAGGGAACUCUCCAGUGGCAAAAGGCUGAUUCUUGAGUCUUUCCAAUCGGCUGUCCUUCGCUAUUCCUCCCAUCGCUUCCGGCUGGAUCGUAUCGUCUCAGACAUCAAGGAGAAUCUCUAUCUUCUCCCGGGUAAGAGCUCACCGCCCCUAGACAACGUGGGUCCCGACUCGCACCAGCGCAAAAUCAGGCUGGAUUUGGAUGCCUGGUGGGAAAAGGCAGGCGUGGACUUGGACACUAUUAGCAGCGGGGUUGGGGCUCGACAGAAAAAUAUCUGGCGGGUGAAACUGGAGAUUCGAUACCACUUGGCCCUGGUGCUACUAUAUCAGCCGUCGCAAGAGAUCCGAAAUCCUUUGGAGGACUCCCUCCUUCAGUGUUUCAGCAGCGCCUGCUCGAUCCUGGACCAAUACCAGGCCUUAUAUGAAGGCAAGGCGCUCUACCACGGAUGGUUCACGGUGCAGAAUAUCUUUGCCGCGGGUGCAACGCUUGUCUAUUCCUUCUGGACUUCGCCGGCUGUGCGCCGUGACGCAGCUGGUGCGCAUCUACUACGCAGGUUGAGGACCUGUUCGAAUCUGCUGAGCGCGGGAGGAGAAUGGUGGCCCAGUGCCAGAAGGGGUCUAGACAGUUUCGGCUCUGUGGUUGACCUUACCAUUCAGAGAUUGUACGAUGGAGACGGAGUUGCGUCUAAACAGCGUCGCCUGAUGGGUCCUGGGGAACCCCGGAACUCUAGAGUCUCAGGACAACAUCAUGGCAUCUCGGAAAGUCAUGCGGUGCAAAUAAGUCGAAACCAGGCUUCUCUUACCGUGGCUGAUCCAUCCCAGCCAUGGGAGCAGCCUUACGAAUUCCCCCGCAAUGAUGGCCCAGAGUCAUGGACCUCGACCUCGGAAGGUCUGGACAACAAUACACGACUCCGAUCUGUGGCCAUUGUGGAGGCAAACUCCCAAGGCCCAGCCGAACAAGAGCUUUUCCCCGAGAUCGAGGACUUCUUGGCCGACUUUAAUCGAUCCGAGUUCAGCUGGAGCUUCCCAUUGGACUCAGACCUCGGCAAGCCGAGUCGUCAUGGUGCAAGGGGCUGGGGCCGAGGCCGGUUUGAGCCACCCGUGCGGCUCGGCGCCGAACCUGAAUUCCGGAUUGUCGCGUCUCAAGAGUCCGGUCGCAUUCAAAGGGACGUGCUACAGAAGGCUUCGAAACUCAGCACCAAGGGUUCUUUUAAGACGUUGCCUUGCGACCCAUACUUCUUGGACUCCUGCCAGUCCGUUGGAACCGGUAAGAAGACGCCCCGCACCCUGCUCUGUAUUCUUUUAGAGAAUGUCAGUCUGACAGAAGAAAAGCAAAAUGCGCUGGACUAUGCAGGACGAUUACAGACAUUGGCUGCGGUUCGAGGCGCUGGGACUCGGCCGUUGACCCUCUCAGAGAAAAUCCUAUACAGCCACCUGGACCUCGGAACGCGCGAGUGGUCUCUCGAGGACAUCGAAAGAGGCAAAACCAUCCUAAAUCUCCGUCCUGAUCGGGUCGCCUGUCACGAUGCUACGGCGACGAUGGCGCUGCUUCAAUUCAUCAGCGCCGGCCUCCCAAAGGUGCAAAUCCCCACUACCAUCCACAGCGACCAUCUCAUUGUGGCAGAGAACGGAGCCAAGGCGGAUAUGCAGCGGGCCAUGGCCGACCACAAAGAGGUGUACGCUUUUCUGAGCAGUGCCGCGCGAAAAUAUGGCAUCGGUUACUGGAAGGCAGGGGCUGGGAUCAUCCACACCACCAUUUUCGAGAAUUACGCAGUUCCGGGCGGGCUCAUCAUCGGAACGGACUCGCACACCCCGAAUGCCGGCGGGUUGGGGAUGAUGGGGAUUGGAGUCGGUGGCUCUGACGCAGUCGAUGGUAUGGCUGGGAUGCCAUGGGAGCUUGCUUGCCCGAAGGUCGUCGGCGUGCAUCUGACUGGCAGUCUGCAAGGCUGGAGCUCGUCCAAGGACAUCAUUUGCAAGCUGGCCGGCAUCUUAACCGUCUCCGGGGGUAAAGGAAAAGUCAUCGAGUUCUUCGGACCCGGUGCAGCAACUCUCGGCGCUACUGCCAUGGCUACUGUGUGCAACAUGUCUGCCGAGGUGGGAUCUACGUCGUGCAUCUUCCCCUAUUCCGAGUCUAUGUCACGAUAUCUGGCGGCGACCAAGCGCCGCAACAUAGCAAGUCACGCCGAUGCCUUCAAAACAACUUUGUUAACGGCGGACGCGGGCAGCGAUCAGUACUACGACGAAGUAAUCGAAAUUGAUCUGUCCUCUCUGGAACCUCACAUCAACGGACCCUUGACUCCAGACUUGUCACAUCCUUUGUCGCAGUUCAAAGACCAUGUUGCCGAAAGCUCGUGGCCUUCUACAUUGAGCUGUAGCAUGGUCGGCAGCUGUACAAACAGCUCGUACGAAGACCUCGAAAAGGCACGAGACCUUGUCCUCCAAGCGCGCAACGCGGGCCUAGUCAAGGCCAAGACGUCGUUCCUCGUAAGCCCCGGAAGCGAGCAGAUCCGCGCAACAGCGGAGGAAGCCGGCAUCCUUGAGGAUCUUAGGCAGGCGGGUGCCACUGUCCUCAGCAACUCCUGCGGGCCUUGUGUCGGGCAGUGGGACCGCAAGGACGUGGAUGUGAAAAGCGCCGAGCCAAACUCGGUCAUAUCCAGCUUCAACCGCAACUUCACCGGCCGACAUGACAGCAACCCUUCGACCCACUCAUUUGUCACAUCACCAGAGCUGGUGACCGCGUUCGCAUUCGCGGGCGACCUCUCUUUCAACCCCUCAGUCGAUGCUGUAGCAGUGAAAAAUGGCAACUCCGAAACCACGUUUCGCUUCCAGCCGCCACAAGCCAACGAGCUGCCUCUGGCAUUCUCCCCUGGCGCAGACCUGUUCCAGCCGCCGGCGCUCGAGGGAGCAGCCAAGCUGGAAGUGGUCGUCGACCCAAAGAGCGACCGGCUACAGCUUCUCGAGCCCUUCCAGGCCUGGCAGAGGGGCAAUGCCAGCGACAUGCACAUCCUGAUCAAAGUGUCGGGCAAGUGCACGACAGACCACAUUUCGCCCGCCGGGCCCUGGUAUAACUACCGCGGCCACCUCGAGAACAUCAGCAACAACCUACUCCUCGGCGCCACGAACGCUUUCCUGCCAGACGCGCAGUCGAUACAGAGCAAGGGCAAGGCCUUGGACCCCGAGAGCGGCCAAGGAGGCACGGUGCCCGAGGUGGCGCGGGGCCUGCAGAAGCGAGGCGUGCGCUGGUGCAUCGUGGGGGAUGCCAACUACGGCGAGGGCAGCUCGCGCGAGCACGCCGCCCUCGAGCCGCGGUUUUUGGGGUGCACGGCCGUCAUCGCCAAGAGCUUUGCGCGCAUCCAUGAGACGAAUCUCAAGAAGCAGGGCGUGCUGGCUCUGACCUUUGAAGAUCCCGGCGACUACGACAGGAUUCGAGAGGGCGACUCGAUUUCCCUCGUCGAUGUUGAAGACGGCCAGAUGCAAGUCGAGGUGCCGGUGACGAUGCUUGUCCGGUCUAGGGAUGGGAGUGAGUGGACUGCCAAGUUAAGGCACACGUAUCACGCUAGGCAGAUCGAAUGGCUGAGGGCGGGAAGCGCAUUGAACUACAUCAAGGCCAACACUCUAGCAAAGAGCGAGUGA